GAGGAGCAGCAACAUUCAGACGGAGAGAGAAUCAUGAAGCGUUCCGCGUUGCGUUAGACGAGCCCUCUUUCUUACCAGGUUUCUCUUUUAUGCAUGGAGCAUAAAGAGUACUCAAGUCAAACAACAUCUGUGGAAAACCCAAACGUUGUGCCCUGUGCUUGUUGUGGGACUCUGGGACAUUUUGCAGGAGAGUGCCCCAGCAGGCCACCUAUGGAGAACCACCAGAGCCGGGCAGCGGUGCUUGCAGCUGCAGCCGCUGCUGCUGCUGGCUUGCCUAUACAAGUACAACAGAGCAUACACAAUUCCAUUUUCAGUGCUAAUAAAUCUGAUCCUACAUAUGCAGCCUUAAAGGACCUGACCGAGGCCACUGGAAGUGCAGCAGUCUAUGGUGCCCUGGCAAGUCAAGUCUAUGGCUCUGUGGCUGAUCAAGUCUAUUCUAACCAGGCAGCAGAUGGUUCAGGCUACCCAGCUGCAGGAGAGGCACCUUCAGGCACUGAGGCAACUAACCCAGCCUAUGGUGCCAGCUCAUCCCUAUACAAUGGACCAGCCUAUGGGACCCAUGGAGGAGCAGAGGCUGACCCACAAGCCAUGUUUGAAGCUGCCCGGGCUCGAUUUAUUGCACAGGGCCAGCAAGUGUUGGCAGAGCAGCAAGCCAUUACUAAAUCAGACAGAGAUCGGAGCCCAGUGAGACGCUCUGCGCUGCUCCCUGACCCUGUUCCACAGCCCAUCUCUGGGGUGAAACCCAAACGGCGUGCCCUGCUUCCCACACCUCCUGGUGGACCUGAACUGCCCUCUCUUAAAGAUGGAGACCCUAUUGCAAAGUGCUAUGCAGAAUAUGUCCAGCAGUACCAACAAUACCAGCAGUACCACCAGUAUCAACAGUACCAGCAGUACCAGUACUACUAUCCUCCACCACCUCCACCCCCACAUCCCCAAAUGCAGACGAUGCCCAUGCCACCUCCAGGACCGAUGGAUGCCAAUCACAUGGCUGCACCAGGACCCGCCGCACCUCCUCCAAGAGCGUAUGAGCCACCUCCACCACACAAGGAGCCCCACCUCAGCAAUCCAGACUACUCUUACCAAUACAUGCCAGAGUCCAAUUACCAAUAGAAUCCCCCACCUUACGCGUGCUUGUGUGUGUGAGUGUGUGGCAGAUUUGGUCCUACAUUGGAAAAGCAAGGAGAGUAAGGGGGAAGGGGAUAUAUGAAAUAUUUACUUUUGAUUUAUGCAUUGGACUUGUGUUAUUGUUUCAUUUGGAUUUUCUCUGGACCUCCAGUGUUAUACUGAGUCAGAUUAACAUGCAUCUUAGUUUGAUCAGGAUUAGGUUUUCCAAAUAUUUUAAUUAAGCUUUUCCAGUUUGCCCAAUCUAGUAUCUGUGCUAUUCUGUAUUUGUGCCUUGCAGAUUUGUCAUUGGAAACAUUUCCAGAAAGCUGUAAAACAUUUAACUUCUGAUUAAACACGUGGGUUGACAUGACAGAAGGCUUAGAUUUCUCUUUGUUUUUGUAAUGCACAUUGAUUUAAAAAUAACAGCCAUAGAUUUGGCUCAAUACAGUAUCCCUCUGACAUUUAUAGUGUUGUUACUACAUUUUUGAGGAACCUACAUAAAUCAUUGCUGCACUGAGUCAUUUUAGGGAUGGACAGAUCAAAUUCAUUAGCUGUUCUACUAUAUAUGUAAACAGUUUGAUGGUCUAAAAAUACAUAUUAGAUGUUUAAAGGGGCAAUUAAUAUAUUUUAAUCUAAAAGUUCUUAUUAUCUAAUUAGCUAAAUGGUUGAGAAUUGACAAUCUAAUUUCCAAGAAAAUCCUUGUCCCCCUGAAUUUAAGUUCAGUGAUCAGAUUAUUUAGCAUGUGCAACCCAGUAAGCUAAGCUGCUUAAAAUAUCUGUGGAAAUACAGUUUAUUCCAGGCUUUAUUCUAGCAGUCCUUGCGCAUCAUGCAGGUAGGGUCUUAAAUGAAUGCAUUACCAAUAUGUGAUUUGUGAUGCCUCAAUAUGGCAGCUUGAAUUAAUAUUGUUUUUUAGUAAGACAAAAAACUCAUUUAAACAGUCUGCCAGUCUUCCUGGCUUUUUCACAACUGAUAUUAAAAAGAAAACAAUCAUUAAACGUAUACAUGAUCAACAGCAUUCUAGGAAAUGUUGGCUUGUGGGCAGGUACAUUUGUACCUAAUUUGUAGCUCUGGCACAAAUCUCGUUCCAGGCACUUGGGCCACUGAUUUGUUCAUCUCUUAGUGUGAGUCAUUUGGAAUGCAAAGAGGACCAGUGUGAAUGAUGGUUGAAUGUGUGUGUGUGUGUGUGUGUGUGUCUCAGUAUGCUAGAAAACACUUUGAUUCUCAACAAAGCCACACAGCCACCAAAAACAUCACAUGUCAAGCCUUUUACAAAUGGGUGGAAUUUGGCUUUGGGCAGAAACAUUUGCCCACCAUCGGAACUUGAGUUUUUUCAUAGCCCUGUAGACACAUCCAUAGCCUCUAAACUCUUGAUUUAAAAUCUCACUUGUUGGCGUGAGGCUAGAUUGUGAAACUGAACUCAGUAGUCUUCAUUCAUAAAUAGUAUAAGGUCAUACUUCAAUUGUUUUUCUGUUAUUGUACAGCUUGCAGUUUGUGCAUGAGUAGCUGGACUGCCAUUCCUAGCAUUGUAUUGCUCUCUUACAUGGACAGGAUAACAGUGGGUUCCAGCAGAUGAUUAAUCUUUCGGAUGACAUGUUGUCCUUUUAUCCAAGGCAGCAAAGUGUUGUCCCCCUCCAGUCUGUUGCAAUUUUCCUUUUCCAGCUUUUUCUCAUAUUUUAGACAUAUUUGGCAGACUUUUCUUGUUUAUAUGUAAGGUCUAUUGCAUUAGGCCUGAAGGUGAUUUGAGUUGAAGAAUAAAAUGCAGUGAAUAUAAA